GGGAUUGAUGACAUCAAUGGCCACCAGGCUCAAGCUAAAAACUAAAAAAAAAAAACACCAGGUGUGUGUCUUAAGAAAACAAGGGGACAGGAAAAAAGAGCUCAGUCCACCGAGUGAGAUGUGGAGAAGUGCAGAUGUUCUCCUAAAAGACAGUUAGAGAUUUCUUUUCACCAUUUAAAAGUCAUUUGUUUUAAUAGCCGAGAUGGCUCGGGACAUGUCCGAUAAGGACAUCAUGAAAAUGGAGCUGGAGCAGCUGCAGAAAGAAGUAAACAACACUCGGAUUGCAAUUUCAACAACUGCCCCUGAGAUUAUCUCCUUUAUUGAGUCCCAGUCUGCAGACGACCCUUUAAUCAAAGGGGUUCCUGAAGACAAGAACCCAUUUAAGGAAAAAGGAGGUUGUGUUAUUACAUAGUGAUGUCUUCCUAUUAAAGGCAGAAGGCUUUCUGAAGGGCUUUUCACAGGUUUUACUCAUCACCUACAUUCUACAGGUUUAUCAUUCUUUGAAAUAAACAGUAGAAGCACAAGACACUCCUUCAUAUCCCAGUAAUUUUCAUGGAUCUUUUUCUUUCAUGUGGUGUUUUUAGAGUGGACAAAUGAUGGUGUAAAUUUAAAAUGUAGAAAUCUGCUUUGACACAAUACUCGUUGUUAAAAUCGCUACAUAAAUAAAAUUUUAUUUAACUGAU